CAGGGGGCAUCUAGCCCCCCAGUCGCACGUGCUGCGGCUCCGCGCCCGGCCCUGCCUCCUGGCCCUGUGAAGUUGGGGGCGGUACCCAGUCACUCCCCCUGUGCCGCCGCCGUUUCCAAGGGGUCAGAAACCGCUGUGUUUGCGUCGUCCGCGGAGCCGGGCUCCGUGGUGCGGGCGUUUGCCUGGCCGGCCGGAGGCGAGCCUGACGCAUCAGCCGGAGACCCGUGCCAGGGCUGUGAGCGGCUGCUGGAGAGACAGACUCGCUUUCUCUUUCAGCAUGCCUUUUUCAAAGUGCACCGUGGUGCCGCUGCCUUAAGCCCUAGGGGAAGACCCUGCUGCCUCUGGACUGGUGCUUCUGGUCGCCACUGUUAUUCUGAAUCAAGUACCUUGUCAUUGAGCUACCCUAUAAAAAUGCCUUAAGAAAGAGCCAUGGAGAAGUAUGUUAGACUACAGAAGAUUGGAGAAGGCUCAUUUGGAAAAGCUGUUCUUGUUAAGUCCACGGAGGAUGGCAGGCAUUAUGUUAUCAAGGAAAUUAACAUUUCAAGGAUGUCCGGCAAAGAACGGCAGGAAUCAAGGAGAGAAGUUGCAGUGUUGGCAAACAUGAAGCAUCCAAAUAUUGUCCAAUAUAAAGAAUCCUUUGAAGUUGGUGGUGAAGGUAAGGAGCUCAGAUAUUUCUCUACCUUUGGAGCAUCAAGAAAUGGGGGGUUCUCCAUCAAAGCAGCAAAUGAGACCUGUUAUUUCUGUGACUUCGGCUUUGAAAGAAGUGGGCCUGAACCUGAUGAUUUGGAGACAGAAGUUCUCCAAGAGCCAAGUAGCACAGACACAGAUGGAAGUUUGCCACGUGCUGUUAAUGAUGUGUGGAUUAGUGAGGAAGAAGAAGCUAAGGAAACAGAGUUGGAAGAUAAGGUUGCUGAGCAGCAGAGUGAGGUUUGUGAAGGCAGCAUUCCAGGGAAUGUGGAGCAGUCUCGUGAGGAUCAUAUAGAGCCUGCAGUAGAUGAUUCUCAGCAGUCCAGAUGUGACGUAGAGAAGUCAGUACCGCCAGAACCAUUCUUCCAGAAAGUGGCUCAGUCUGAGCACUUGAGCGUAGUUCAGUCAGAACCAGUUUCACUCCGAUCUCGCUCUGAUUCACCACCAAAAGCUAAAACCAAGAACUCCUUACUGAUCAGGCUUUCAACUGGUCUAUUUGAUGCAAACAACCCAAAGAUGCUGAGGACAUGCUCACUCCCAGAUCUUUCCAAGCUGUUCAGAACCCUGAUGGACGUUCCCACUAUAGGAGAUGUUCAUCAGGACAGUCUGGAGAUAGAGGAGCUUGAAGAUGAGCUCAGUAAAGAUUCUGAAGACACUGUGGUGCUUCACAUCACUUUCCCAAUGUGCAGAGCACUGUUAGCCUCCACGAACUCGCGUGGCUGGCACUGGAAUGGCGUUGAGCACGUCGAAGAGACUAUCCUCCACCCUCUUCUCAUUUAACGCUCC